AUGCUGGGUGCCAGGCCGUCCUGGGCGCCGUGCCUGGGGCUGCUGCGCCGCCUGACGCUGGAGGCGACUUCGCCCGAGGCUGCCCUCGCUCGCCGCCUCUCCACCGACGCCGGGGAGGUGCUGAUCGGCAAGGCCGCGGGCGUGGAGGAAGGGGGGGCCGUUGUGGAUGCCCUGACCUUCCCCACACAAGCCCGGCGAACGGGCGUGAUCGCGGUGAAGAUGGGGAUGACCCAGGACUGGGACAGCUACGGGGCAGCCGUGCCGCUCACUGUCCUGUGGAUCGACAACUGCCAGGUCACGCAGGUGAGGCACCUGGGCGAGCCUGGCCUGACGAGUCUGCAGGUGGGGAUCGGCAGCGCACGGCGGAAACACGCGAACAACGGGCAGGGCGAGAGCCGGGAACGAGCGCUGGCCGUGUCCAAGCGCAAGCUGGCCGAGUUCAGAGUGACCAGGGAUGGGGCCCUCCCAGUGGGGACAGAGAUCGGCGCCGCGCAUUUCAAGGCCGGCCAAUUUGUGGACGUCACCGGCACCACCACAGGGAAGGGCUUCCAGGGCGGGAUGAAGCGGUGGGGCUUCGCCGGGGCCCCCGCCUCGCACGGCACCUCGCUGGCCCAUCGCGCCCUGGGCUCGACGGGCGCCUGUCAGGAUCCGGGGAAGGUGUGGAAGGGGAAAAAGAUGGCGGGCCACAUGGGGGUUGACCGCCGGACGGUGCACAACUGCUGGCUGUUCAAGGUGGACCCUCAGCGAAACCUCCUGUACGUCAAGGGUCAGGUGCCAGGACGUCGUGGCAACUUUGUGAUGGUCAGGGAUGCCAUACGCAAGAUCCAAACAGACCUCCCGUUUCCCACCUUCACAGGUGAACUGCCGGUCCCCAGCACCGGUGUGCCAGAGAUGGAUCCCUACCAUUUGUACCAGGACUGA